CUUCAGCAGCCAAGCAAGUGUGUGGAACAGGCAAAACACGAAAACACAAAAUUAUUGUAAAUGCAAGGACUCUUAUAUCGCUACCCCAAUGUACAACCCCAAACAUGUGUACAGUAAACCGAAAAAAAGCUCUAAUAGAGAUUAAUCGAGAGUGGAAGCGAUCCGUUACAAGGCGAGUGUUAAUAUUACCACGCAUCACACCACGUCAGCUAGAGACGCUGGAACCGCCGUGGAGUAAACAUCUAGUUAAAGAGGUCCACUCGCGCUCCAAGCGUAAUGUAGCUCAGUUUGGACUCAUGAUCAAGUGCACCACUGGCCGCAGCGCUUUCGACUACAACGGCUAUGGGUGUUGGUGCGGCAAGGGCGGAAGUGGUAGAGCAGUAGAUGCCAUAGACAGGUGUUGCCUAGCUCAUGACCGCUGUUACCAAAGCAUAAUAAGAAGAAAGGACUGUCAAUUCAAAUUCCAGCUUUACACUGUUUAUUACUACCGUCAAGGCUGCAAUGGAUGCGCACCUCUCACCCGUCGACGAAGGCAUGGCUUCAACAACAAAUGCCAGUAUUCCCUCUGCCAGUGCGACAGACGCGCUGUGCUGUGUUUUCACGGGAAAAGAUAUAACAACCGAUACAAGAAUUACAACAAGAAGCGUUACUGCUAGAUAGCAACAUCUGGGAACUCGCUUAGAACAUCGGACUUUAGUGCGCGACAAUUUCAGGGGCGUAGCCAGAGGGGUGGCCCAGUGGGUCCGCCCCCCCCCCCCCCUCCCCCCCUUCUUACUGCCAAAAAUACAAUAAAUGUAUGAGAAAUCAACUAAAAUACAGGAGAAAAUGAUUUGAAAAGGCCUUUUGGAACCCCUUCUGUUAAAAACCCUGGCUACGCCGCUGAAUAUUUUUUUCGAGUAUUCAAAACUCUAUUAUUUUUCAAGAUACAACUUUCCCUGUAUUGUUUAAUACUUUAGAUAUAAGAUUGAGCUGUCUUAGUUGUGGGAUGGAUUGAAAUACACCGUAAGGCAAGUGGAUUUAAUUCAAUACUGAGAUGAGCAUCUCAUUUGCAUGGGGUUUUAUAGCUUUCGAAGAAGCACGUCAGCUAUCGACAGACUCGUACCCAGUCGUUAUUUGCUGUUGCGGGGACAUCCACAGGAACCCUGAAGGGGAAACGGAAAAAAAAAUUCCGACCUUAUGGCAUUAGAUCCCCGCCAAAAUUCAAGUGUCGUAUUUUAACCUACACUUCGCAAUUUCAACGUUAACUUUUCAAUUUCAAACUCAACUUUUCGUAUUUACAACUCAACUUUUGAAUUUCGAAGUCGAUAUUUCGUAUCUGCGUGCUUUGGUUUUCAAGUUUCACGUUGAAACUUGAAAACUAAAGCACGCAGAUACGAAAUAUCGACUUCGAAAUUCAAAAGUUGAGUUGUAAAUACGAAAAGUUGAGUUUUAAAUUGAAAAGUUAACGUUGAAAUUGCGAAGUGUAGGUUAAAAUACGACACUUGAAUUUUGGCGGGGAUCUAACGCCAUAUGAAACCGCAUCCUGGCCGUCAUGCACCGUGCGCUUAUUCAACCUUCCCCAAAUGCAUCGCGCGGCUUCUGGGUACGAGAGACCUAGCUAGCGAUGUUUUAUUUUGUGUACGCAUCACGUGCUUCGCCGACAUAAUCAAGCUAGGCUAACGCAAGCAAUGCACGAUACUUGGCGCUGUGUGUAUAGAGAGGAGUUUACUAAUUGAGCUGGACAUUUAUGAAUUGUAGUCAUGUUUUGAUUUUAUGUUUUCGCGUGUUAUUGUUUAUGUAAUCGCAUUAUCCAUUAUCUAAUUAAAGUACAUUUCAAUUCCA